AUGGCGACCGGGCAGAGGAAGUUCCUACUGUUCGUCGGACAAGAGCUCCAAGAAUGGUGCGAAGGGUACGGCAUCGAUCAACACUUCACCUCUGUGGCAUACCCGCAGAGUAACGGACAAGCCGAAGUCGCUAACCGAGAAAUUCUUCGAAUUCUGAGGGUUCAGCUCGACCACCUCGGAGGCAGCUGGGUGGACGAACUCCCCGGCGUCUUUUGGGCACUCCGCAUGACUCCUAAGGAAGGAACGGGGGUCACGCCGUUCCACUUGGUGUACGGAGGAGAGGCGGUCGUGCCAGUAGAGGUUGGGAUCGAAUCCGAUCGGGUGCAACAAUACAACGCGGACAACACAGAGCGGAGGCAGCUGGAGCUGGACUUGGUACAUGAAGCGCGAGCUAAAGCAGCUGUUCGGCUAAUGGCGUACCGGCAGAGAAUGAAGUAA